AUGCUCUCCCGUCGUCUUCGCUCACUCUCCUUCUGCCGCCCUUGCGCACUCCUUCCCGUCGAGUUCGCGAACUCAACCUCCGCUGCCAACCCGCACUCACUCCCGUCGCGCCCGCUCACUCCCCAUCCGCCGCCCACACUCACUCCCUCUCGUCGCCCACGCUCACGCCCCAUCCGCCGCCCACGAUCACUCCCUCCCGUCGCGCCCGCUCACUCCCCUUCCGCCGCCCACACGCACUCCGUCCCGUCGUGUUCGUUCACUCCCCUUCCACCGCCCACCCCCCUCCCGUCGCCGCAGUCCCCUCCGUCGCACACGUCGCUUCCUCUCAAUCGCAAACCUGAACUCCCCUCCGUCGCCCACGUUCACUCUCCCCCGUCGCCCACGCUCACUCCGACGGGAAGCGCGCUCAUUCCCAUUCCGUCGCGUUCGGCCCCAUCCGUCGCCCACGCUCAUCUCCCUGCCGUCACACACGCACGCACUCACCCCUCGACCGAGAAGGCAUUCUCCGCUGCCGUCGCAUACGCGUUCAUCUCCCCGUCCCUCAUCUCCCCAUCCCUCAUCUCCCCAUCCCUCAUCUCCCCAUCCCCCAUCUCCCCUUCCCCAUCUCCUCAAUCUGCCCCACCCCAUUCCGCCCCACCCCUUUCUGCCAUGCCAUCUAACUUCUUAUCCCCUUUUCCUCGUUUCCACAUCCCUCCUUUCACCAUCCCAUCAUUCCCUCCUCUCCCUCUACCCCCUCCUCUCAUCCCUUUCUCUACUCCCUCUCCAUUCCCUGGGGGGAGCGGCAGGGGCAGCUUUCCCCCGUCGCACACGCGCACUCCCCUCCGACGCAUACGCUCUCUCCCCUCCCCGUCCAUCACUUCUCUGGUCUUCCUCUCCCUCUUCCCUCUCCUCUCAUCCCUUACCCUGCUCUCUCUCCUCUCUCUCCUCCCUUUCCACUCGCCCCGGGUCUCCCGCCGUGCUUCUCCCUCACCCCAUUCCGCCUCUCCCCAUUCCGCCCCACCCCAUUCCGCCCCACCCCAUACCGCCCCAUCCCAUACCGCCCCAUCCCAUUCCGCCCCAUCCCAUUCCGCCUCACCCGCCUCACCCCUUUCCGCUCCACCCCAUUCCGCUCCACCCCAUUCCUCUCCACCCCAUUCCUCUCCACCCCAUUCCUCUCCACCCCAUUCCUCUCCACCCCAUUCCUCUCCACCCCAUUCCUCUCCACCCCAUUCCUCUCCAUCCCAUUCCGCGCAAGCCCCCUUGUCGCGCACCCUACUUCCUUCCGUCUCCCCAUCCCUCCUCGCCCCAUCCCUCCUCGCCCCAUCCCUCCUCUCCCCAUCCCUCCUCUUACCGUCCGUCCUCUCCCCAUCCCUCCUCUCCCUAUCCGUCCUCUCCCCAUCCCUCCUCUUACCAUCCGUCCUCUCCCUAUCCCACCCCUCCCUAUCCGUCCUCUCCCUAUCCGUCCUCUCCCUAUCCGUCCUCUCCCUAUCCGUCCUCUCCCUAUCCGUCCUCUCCCCAUCUGAUCAUCACUCCCUCCCUUCUUGCUUCCGCCCGCCCGCGCUCACUCUCUUCCCAUUGCCCGCCCUCCUUCCCUUCUGUCAACCACGCUACGUCCCCUUCGUCGCUGAUGUGCACUCCCCUUGA